AUGGCUGCACCAGGUAGCAGUCGAGGACACGAUCUGGUGCGCUUCCACUCAUCCGGUACAUCAUCAACAUAUAAGACAGACCAUGGAGCGAAGCGAACCGACGGCGCCGAGAGUGAUUCCAGCAAUGCAACGGAUUCUGCGUUGAUCAACCAUGGGGUGGUGGAUGAUGACGACUAUGUCCACGCUCCUGUAUACCGCGUCUACAAACGCCGGUUCAUUGGUCUUGCCCAGCUCAUCCUGCUCAACCUGAUCAUUUCAUGGGACUGGCUUACGUUUGCUGCCGUCUCCAAGACAUCGGCCGAGUUCUUUCGCGUCAGUGAAACGACCAUCGUCUGGCUGAGCACAGCAUUCCUCUUUGCCUUUGCUGUUAGCGCACCCCUGACCAUCUGGGUGCUCAAUCGGCAUGGACCCAAGGCCAGCAUUAUCAUUGCAAGUGGCCUGGUGCUUGCCGGUAACUGGGUGCGAUACGCGGGAACUAUUGCUGGCUCAGAAUACUUUGCAGUCGUCAUUCUCGGUCAGGUCCUCAUCGGUUGUGCACAACCUUUUGUGCUUGCUGCUCCAACGCGAUAUAGUAAUCUUUGGUUCAGUGACUCUGGAAGAGUGUCUGCAACUGCGGUCGCUUCGUUGGCCAACCCGUUGGGCGGCGCCAUCGGACAACUCGUUGGACCAUUCUGGGCGACUGGAGCCUCUGGCAUCCCGARCUUGGUUCUUUACACUGCCAUACUUUCGUCAGCUGCGGCACUGCCAGCGCCGUUCAUCCCCUCGAAGCCUCGUACACCACCUUCAGCCACAGCAGCCUCCGAGACCAUUGAUCUUCGGAAAAGUUUACACUUACUGCUCGCGAACGGCUCUUUCGUCCUAUGCCUCAUUCCGUUCUCGGUGUAUGUUGCCUGCUUCAGCGCAGUCUCCAGCCUUCUAAAUCCCAUCCUCACUCCUUACGGCUUCUCCGAGGACAACGCUGGCAUAGCGGGCGGACUCCUCAUUCUAGUGGGCCUGGUGUGCUCUGCCGUCGUGUCGCCCAUCAUAGAUCGCACAAAAGCAUAUCUGGUUGCUCUCAAAGUCCUGGUACCAAUUAUCGCUCUAUGCUUCAUAGCGCUAAUCUGGAUGCCAUGGACUAGGACCGUGAUAGGCCCCUACAUUGUCUGUGGUCUACUAGGAGCCUCAUCGUUCAGCUUACUCCCCAUGGCAUUGGAGCUACUAUCGAUUAUCACGAUGCCUGUAUCACCUGAAGUGUCGAGCGUCAUAGCCUGGACGGGCGGGCAGGUGUUGGGCGCAGUCUUGAUCAUUGCCAUGCAGGCUCUGCAGGCUUCCAAGGGGGAUGAUCCUCCAGAAAACAUGGACAACGCCUUGAUUUUUCUGGCGGGCGUUGCCUGGGUCGCGGUACCCUUCGCAAUGCUUCUCGGUGUCUGGAAAUUCAGGAAGAUUCACAUACCGGGCGCGAAGGAAUGA